AUGAUUCUGCCCGCACAAAAGGCGCGCAAAAAAGAUGAGGAACGUCGAAAGUUUCUUCAAUGGAUGAGUCCCGUGUCUUGUGAUGACAAGCACACCACCUGCCAUGGCCAGCGAAAUCCCGGGACUGCUCGCUGGAUUUUCCACAUCGAUGAGUAUAAGACCUGGAAUACAUCGGAUCACGCCUUUUUAUGGCUGAAUGGCCAGCCUGGACACGGAAAAACAAUCCUUGCCUGCUUCAACAAUCUCGAGAUGACUGGAUCACCAAGAUACGCGAACCAGGGCGGCAAGAAGAAGGGGAUCUUACUUCUCUGCGAAACCUCUUGCAGCUACAACGCGAUGCAAAGCCACAUCCCACAGAUCUCAGUUAUCUUCGAAAGCUUCUGGUUGAAGCAUCCACGCUGGUUCACCGGCCAGUCCUCGUGGAUUGACGCCCUGGACGAAUGCAAGGACUACCCCGACCUGGUCGAACAUCUUGUAAAACCUUGCCAAAGAUGCCCGACUACGACUUUUCGUCACUGGCAGAAAGCAGCUGAAGACUCAAGACGCCUGUCGGGCCUACCCGAAACACUCAGAACGACCAUUUUAAACAAAUUGUCAGAAAAAGCGGCAGGCAUGUUUCGCUGGGUUCAGUGUCAACUGGACGUCAUCAUGAAGUGCAAAACAUCUGGCAGUAUUCAGAAAGCCCUGGACAACCUUCCAAAAGACCUACACGAAACUUAUGAUAGGAUCCUUCACUCCAUUGAAGAAAGAGGGGGAGACGAUGGCCCGAUUUCCCAGCGUUGCCUGCUUUUGCUGGCUGGCACAUUCACCCCACUUACGCUCAACCAGCUUAAUGAAGCGAUGAUGAUUGAAGUUGGGCGGCCGAGUCUCAAUGAGGACCUUCGCGUUUUGAACACUAUGGAUAUCGUGGGUGCGUGCGGAAGCCUUGUGACCUACAACGAGAAAACUGGGAUCGUCGCUCUAUCUCAUUAUAGCGUCAAGGAAUACUUGGUCAGUCGCACUAAUAGCAUCUUCAAAUCGAUCUCAGACAUGCACGCACGGAUUUGCGAGCUCUUGAUUACGUAUGUGUUAUGUGACUUUGUGGACGAGAUCUGCGCAAAACUUGAGCUUGAAGACAAACAAAAGGCCUCUCGGUUGCUACGCGCUGAUGUUGCCGAUGUCAGCAAAGACCAUCCAUUGCUGAGCUAUGCAAUUCAAGGAUACAAGCAUCUUGGACAUGUUUCGGACGAGGAUUCUUGCGUUAUGGUCGCCCUGUCACGGCUGAACUCGGAGUUUCUUCGAAACACUAAGAAAAAUCGCGUGCUAGCUCAAGGCCAAUACGGGUAUGGGCCUAGGUGGUUGCCUGCCUGGGUGACUUUGCCCUCACUUCUAUUCAUCCCGCUUGAACACGGCAAGCCGUGGAUGGUCGAAUACCUCAUCAAGCAAUACCCCCAUCUCCGGGACGUGGAUAUUGCCCCUGAUUGGGGUUCUCCCCUGAUUUUCGCUAUGGCCAAGAACCCUGGCUGCCUCAGUAUUCUCCUGAAGCCGGGCAUCGAUUUCAAUAAGCUUUCUUCCUUCACACCUAGUUUAUAUCACCAAUUCAAUGCCUGGAGCGACUCCUAUGCUCCAAUUUCGUGGGCAGCUGUGACUGGAAGCGAAGUCGCCGUGGAUUUCUUGCUGUCACAAACGGAGGUCAACGUACCUGAUGACAUCAUACACAUGGCAGUUAGGGCGCGCGAGCUGUCGGUCGAAUGUAUCCGCAAAUUCUGUCAACACGGUGCGGAUGUCAAUUUCAUGGUUGACAGUUCUACCCCUAUCCAUUAUUUGCUCACUGAACUUUGGCGAUUCUAUGAUGAAAUCCAAUUGCUAUCCGGCGUAAAAGCGCUCGUUGAACCAUCUUGUAAUCUUUCUUUGCAGGACCAGACUGCCAGAACAGUACUACACAUUGCUCUUGAUGCACGUCUAGAAGAUAUUGUCACAUACCUUCUCGAGCAAAACGCAGGGCUGUCAGCAACGGCGACUGUCCUUCCAGACAUGUGGAGUUGGGCUAAAAACAAGAUGUGGUUUCCCAAAGUUCAAGCAGCGGCUCUUGCUGCCGAUCAGCAGUGCACCAGAAUUGAGGGGAAGGUUGUUGAUGCUACAGCAGAAUCGAAACUAGUUGAGUUUUCAGUUGCAGCCACCGCAGACCGUGAUAAUCCCAAUCCGAUUUGCGCUGUCGUUGUUUCAGCGAUACUCGCUGACGAGCUGUCAGAUUACGAUGUCAUCAGCGCCGACUUUUCAUGUUAUAAUCAAUCACUUCAAAAGGACAUCCAAGACUCUCUGCAAGAUGAUUCCCCCAUACUCGAAUGCUGCUUUAGAUUGUCACCUGGGCAGCGUGUCUCUAGUCGCUUGUUCGACUAUCACCAAGGAGACGAAGUUACCAGGAUGCUACAGCAGUUAACCGAAGAUAAAGACUCGACUUGCACCUCCCUUUUUCUUCAGAUGACCAAGGAUGUGUCUUACACCGAAGUCUUUGAACUUGCGGUCGAGUUCGUACUCGAUAUCUACAGAGGAUACUACAAGCGAUCAUUCAUCAUCUGGAAUCGUGCAGACAUACGAACACUCGUGAAUUGCUCAAAUUCCAACUUGAAGGGGAUGUGCAACGCAAGCUCACGGUUAAGUGAGAUGAGACACUAUCAGUACGUCAAAACCAAGCGUGAAAGCCUGAACCUUCCGGAUGACGACGGCAUCUAUCCUACACUCUAUGUCAUGUCCCAGUCUGCUUCGGUCAAGGCCUUCUCUUGCACCAAAGUGCUUGCCAGCAGAAGAGUGACAGUGUUCUUCGGUGCUGCGGGUGCCAAAUCUUUGUCAGCAAGCACAUCAGCUAGCGUCGUGGAGUCGAGAUUGAUGAUACUGGCAGCAUCAAAAGCCUCGCCGUCAAAAGAAUCCGCUUUUUUUGAGCCAUCUUCAGAUAUAUCCUCAGGUUAUCCAUGUUAUCCACCUAUGAAUUUUGGCCUUGGGUUAUCCACCGAGUUAUCUACGUGGAUAACUGGGUGGAUAUCUAUGUCAGUGGAUAACCAGGUGGAUUUCCAUGGAACACUAGACGGCGUGUUUACCGGAUAUUCGAAACCAGACUACUAG